GACGCGGCGUCCAGCUGAGCGUGGGGGCGUGGUGUAUCAUGGGAAAAAGUUUGUAAAUCACUUCUAGGUGCUGCGCACUCAGCGCUGGAAGAGGAGUCCUCCUUCCCUGGAGAGAGAAUGUUUAAACUGUAACGUUAAACACAACACGCUGGAUAGUAAUGUCUGGAGAGAGGCUACCCAACGGCUUCAGCUCGACCCCUCUCAAAGACUUCCAGUCAUCAAAGGGCUUGGGCGACGGCAUCCUACCAGACGACGAAGACACCUUUUCUCUGCUUUCUCCAAUUUAUCAUGACAGCUUUGAUAGUGACGAAGAAGACCAGAGAUCCACCCCAGCUCAGCAGACCUCACCCGAACAAACAGAUGACUCCAGGCUCAGUAUUUCACCAGUCAGAUGCGAGCUACCAAAAGCAGUUUCAGAGCAUUCUGCACCUUCACCUGCUCUCAGUGCAUGGGAAAUGUGGUUGGUCAGUAAAGCUAAAGAGGAGCGUCUUAAACAGGAAAAGAAAACAGAGAAGGAACGCUUACUGAAAGAAAAUAAAGAAAAGCAAGACAGAGAGCGGGAACAUAAAAAGAUCAUCAAGGAAGAAAAGAUCCAAGAAUGGAUAAAACUUAAAAGAGAACAGGAGAGACAUGAGCAGCUUCUUAAACAAAGAAAGGAGGAGGAGGAGAUGCAGAGGCAGCAGGAGAGACGGAGGGAGACUGAACAGAAAGCUCAACAAAAGUACAAAGACUGGCUGCACAAAAAGAACCGAGAAAAAACAGAGAAAGAGAAGAGAGAAAAAGAGGAAGCUGCCCUGAAGGAGGAGCAGGAGAUGGAGCGCCGCAGGAGGGCUGAAGAGAAGUUUAAGGAAUGGCUGGCAAAGACGAAUGAAAAAAGCAGCGCUAGUUCCAAAACACGCAGCUGUCCAUCAAGUCCCUAUGACAAAUCGUACCCAUCGCCCAGCUUUAUCAAUCCAGUCCCCUGGAAACCAGUUCAUGUCCCUCCUCCAGAAGCAUCCACCCAUAAGACAUCCAGCAAGAAUCCUCUGAAACCGAGGAAAAGCCAACAGAGCCUCAGCGGUGCUUUUAGGCUGAGAAACACUGCAAGUCCAGCACAUUUGCAGCAGAGGAGAUGACACAGCAGACCAGCGUUUAUGACUGGGAUGUGGUAACUUAGUUAUGGCUCAGAUAUGAUUUCUGCAUCACCACAGCUCCUGAGCCAAGAGCUUGCUGAGUCACACAAGGAUUUGUAUUCUAAGAUGAUUGUGGUGAAGGCAUUUGGUUUGUUAUGUUUAUUUUUUUUUAAUAAUGUAUUCCCUCAAAUAUUUAAAAGUCCAGAAU